GUUAAGUCUUUAGCUUCAUUUCGCAAAUUUGACGGGAGCAGGUUCGAAAGCUGAAUACUUGACAUCCUGAGUGGCUGUGUUCGCUUGAGAGAAAGAGAGACGCCGCCGCCGCCAUGCCUACUGUCAGCGUAGGGAGGGAUCGUCUUUUCGCGGCCCUGGGCAGAUCUUACACUCAAGAAGAGUUUGAAGAUCUAUGUUUCAAUUUUGGAAUUGAACUUGACGAUGUGACAACGGAGAAAGCAAUAAUUUUGAAAGAGAAGAACUUGAAGGACGAAAAUCUUAGUCUUGAUGAUGAAGUCAUUUACAAGAUUGAAGUUCCCGCUAACAGGUACGAUUUGCUUUGCUUGGAAGGGCUUGCACAAGCCCUUCGCAUUUUCAAUGGACAGGAAGGGAUAACUAGAUACACAGUUGCAAACAUUAGUAAGGAAUCAAUGCUCAAAAUUCAUGUCAAAAGAGAGACAUCUCUAAUCCGGCCAUUUGUUGUUUGUGCGGUUUUGAGGGGCAUAACUUUUGAUGAGGCAAUCUAUAACAGUUUUAUUGAUCUCCAAGAUAAACUGCACCAAAAUAUCUGCAGGAAAAGAAGCCUAGUCGCUAUUGGAACUCAUGACUUGGAUAGAUUACAAGGGCCUUUUACAUAUGAGGCAUUGCCACCUCCAAAGAUAAAUUUUGUGCCACUGAAACAGGUGAAGAACUUCAGAGCUGAUGAGCUGAUGGAAUUUUACAAGUCAGAUUUAAAAUUGAAGAAGUUCUUGCACAUUAUUGAGAAGUCGAAAGUGUUCCCUGUUAUAUAUGACCGCAACAGAACUGUUUUGUCCUUACCACCAAUUAUUAAUAGCGCACACUCAGCAAUCACUUUGAAGACAAAAAAUGUCUUGAUUGAAUGCACGGCCACUGAUUUAACGAAGGCCAAAAUUGUUUUAAAUACAAUGGUAACGGCAUUUUCAGCAUAUUGUGAGAGGAAAUUUGAGGUGGAACCAGUUGAAGUGAUAUCCUUUGAUGGAAACUCAAGUGUUUAUCCUGAUUUAUCAGAGUAUAAUAUGGAAGUCCCACUAUCUUAUAUUACUGGUUCAAUUGGAGUCCCCCUGGAGGUGGAUGAGGUCACUAGUCUAUUAAAGCGAAUGCAAUUGCGUGCUGAACAAGCUGGAUUGGGUGACAACAAUAUCAGUGUGUCUGUACCUCCAACCAGAAGUGAUAUUCUUCACCCAUGUGAUGUUAUGGAGGAUGUUGCAAUUGCUUAUGGCUACAAUAAUAUUCCAAGGAGAAAGCUUUCGUCUUUGAAGCCACUUCCCUUAAACCAGCUCAGUGAUCUUGUCAGAUAUGAGAUUGCAAUGAACGGUUUUUCGGAGGUGUUGACAUGGAUUUUAUGUUCUAAGAAAGAGAAUUUUGAAAUGUUAAACCGAAAGGAUGACAAAUCAACUGCAGCGAUUAUUGGAAACCCUCGCUCCUCUGAUUUUGAGGUGGUCCGUACAAGUCUCAUGCCUGGCAUGUUGAAGACCGUUGGACAUAACAAAGACCAUCCAAAGCCCAUAAAGAUUUUUGAAGUGGGCGAUGUAGUACUUUUGGAUGAGAAGAAAGAUGUCGGUGCAUCAAACCGUCGCCUACUUGCUGCACUAUAUUGUGGUGCUAACUCAGGUUUUGAGCUGAUUCAUAGCCUAGUGGACAGAAUUAUGGAAGUAAUUGGGACUCCUUUUGUUGAAGCUGGAGAUAAUACAGGAUACUAUAUAGAGCUUUCUGAUGAACCUGAAUUUCUAUUGGGUAGGCAAGCCAAAAUAAUUUACAAAGGACGGUGCAUUGGCAUUUUUGGUAUUGUGCACCCUGAGGUGUUGAACAAUUUUGAUAUUCCGGAUCCAUGCUCCUUCGUGGAACUUGACAUGGAGAGCUUUUUGUAGGAUUUUUUCCAUGACAGCAGAUGUUAGAGCUAUCUUGCAUAUUGAACAAACAGGAACAUCAGUAGUGGCACUUUACCUCGAUACUGGUUUACUUUGGAGUUACAAUGUUUGCUUCAGAUUUGAGAAGUGCUGAUGGAAAGGAAUUUGUUGAUCCAUUUGCGGGCAUGGCAGUCAGACCUGAUCUGGCUAAGUUUAGAGUGCAGUCUAUUAAGAAUUUCAAUGUUAGUUGGCUCUGAGGCCUAGGUUGCUCUAAUGUUGACUGCGUUAUGACUGUUACUUCAAGGCAGAUGCAAUUUUUGCGAUGCAGAUUUUUUGUUUUCUUUUUAAACAUAUCGUGUAGACAGACAUUCAUCAUUAGUCAGUCGAAAUCAAGCAUUAGAUCUGAUUUUUAUCAUGAUCGAAUUUGAUUAUAAUUUA